AUGGCUGCCUCCGAUGAGCUUGGAGCUCUCACCAGGGCUUUCUCAGGGUUUGGUGUUGAUGAGAAGGCAUUGAUCUCAAUACUGGGGAAAUGGCAUCAGGAGCAGAGACAAACUUUCAGAAAAGGCACUCGUGAUUUUUUCACCGAAGAUGAACGUCAAUUUGAACGCUGGGAUGAUCGCCACGUCAUUCAACUCCAACACGAGUUUUUACGAUUCAAGCAUGCUAUUGUGCUGUGGACUAUGCAUCCAUGGGAAAGGGAUGCUCGUUUGCUAAAGGAGGCUCUGCAUAAGGGACCUCAACACAAAGUACUCGUUGAAGUUGCAUGCACAAGAUUGUCAGACGAGCUUUUGGGUGCAAGAAAAGCUUACCAUUCCCUCUUUGACCACUCGAUCGAGGAAGAUGUUGCUUUUGGCAUCCAUGGCCCUGAACGGAAGCUUUUGGUUGCACUUGUGAGUUCUUAUCGGUAUGAAGGUACAAAAGUUAAUGAAGAAAUUGCAAAAUCGGAGGCCAAAUUUCUUUCUAGUGCCAUAAAAGGAGCUGCUGGUAACAAGAAUCUUCUGGAAAAUGAAGAGGUGGUGAGGAUAGUUGCAACAAGAAGCAAGCCCCAUCUCACUUCAGUUUACAACCAUUACAAGGAAAUCACUGGCCACUACUUGGAUGAGGAUCUUGAUGGUGAGCUAUAUUUGCAAGAGACAGUUCAAUGCCUAUGCAAACCUCAAAAAUACUUUAGCAAGGUUUUGGAUGCGUCUAUGGGACCUGAUGUUGAUGAACUUAAGAAAGAAGCUGUGACAAGAAUAAUUGUUACAAGAGCAGAUGUGGAUAUGAAGCUGAUUAAAGAAGAGUAUAAUCACAAAUAUGGGGUCUCUUUGCCCAACAAAAUUGAAGAUGUAGCCAAUGGAAAUUAUAGGGAUUUCCUGCUUACAUUAGUUGCGAGAGGAGAUUAA